AUGGAUUUUACACCUCCUGCUUCACCAGUAUUUAAUGUGGAUGUCCAUAAAAGAAAUAUCGAAAGACUCCCUAUUUCUCCCGUAACUCCAGAACUUAAAAAAUUUCCACAAACAAGAUUUGGUCCAAUUCAUUCAGCUAAAAGUUCCAUUAACGAAAAUAAUUUACCAGAUUCAUCUUUAGCGCAUUUGGUUGCAGAUCUGGAAACAUAUAAUAUCUCUCCAUUGAAUCCACCAUUUGAAAAUUCAGCAGAAACUAUAAAUCUAUUAAAUGAAUGGGCCUAUCGUGAUAUUCAAAAAUGUAUGUUGUCUUCAUCAAUAGAUUUCUUGCAGGAUUCGAGAAUGAAAUUUAAGUCAAAUCGAAUGUUAGGUCAAGGUUCUUAUUGUUACAUAUGUGAGAUAGAUACUACUCAAUUGGUAGGAAACCAAUCACGAUAUCUUGUAUUGAAAUUCCCUCAUUCAAAGAGAAAAACUAGAACAUUAUUAAAUGAGGGUUUGAUUUUAACAUAUUUAUCUGAGGCGAAUAAUGGUCUCGGAGAAACAUUCAUUAUUCCAUUUCAUGGAAUCACAUACAUUAAUAAACAGCAUUUUAAUAAAUUAAGAAGAGGAGAAUUUAUUCCAGCAUUGAUACUACCAAAAUUAAAUCUAAAUCUACAACAAUUUAUUAAAUUUCUAAAACAAAAUUAUUUUGAGGAUAUUGCAUUGAAAAAAAACAUUUUUAAAAAACUUGUAAAUGAGAUGAUAAUUGCCUUAAAUUAUUUAAAAUUAAAACAUGUUAUCCAUGGAGAUAUCAAGACGGCAAAUAUUAUGGUUGGUUCAAUAGAUGAUAAUAAUAUUUUUUCCUUUGAUAAUUUCAAUUUUUACUUAUGUGACUUUACAUCAUCAAUAAUUGAUGUAUCUUCGGAUAUUAAAUUGAAAUCAAAUAAUAAAACAUCGAAUUCAUCAUUGUCAACAAAUACGAAUUUAGACACUACUUUGGAAUAUUGUCCUCCGGAAGUUAUUGAAAGAGUCAUAAAUAAAUCUGAAACAGAUGAAAAUGGAACUUCAAUCUUUACACAUGAUACGGAUCUUUAUUCCUUUGGGUUAUGUCUUCUUUCUUUCAUAUCUGGUAAUGAACCAUAUAGUGAAUUGAAAAAUUUCAAAUUUCAUAACGAACUUCGUGGUUCAAAUAAUUCAUAUUCGAACAAUUCUAACAAUAUCACAUCAUCUGUUCAGCAUACGCAAUGGUUAAUAAACUCAAUUCUAAGGAAUGAACCAAUUGCGUUAAAUAUAUUUAAUUGUGACGAUACUUAUUAUACCAAUAAUUGGUCGGAAGAGUUAUCGUUAGUUUCCAAAAUCCUUGUUGAUAGAAUAUCAUUAGAGGAAUGCAUUUCUUUUAUUUAG